AUGUUAAGAAUAUUAGGAAUGCGUUUGUUAACAAGAUUAUUAUUGUUAGUGUGUUCAUUGAGUUUGUUAAGUAUAUUGUUAUUAUCAAGAUGUGGUAUUAGCAUCGAACCAGAACCGGAUGCUGAACAAACCGAUGCAUUAUCAGUGGCCUCAUCUCAACAUAAUAAUAACAAUAUUCCACAACAAAUACAACAAGAUAUGCAACAAUCAGCUAACGGUUAUAUACAAUUGUUGCAACAACGUGAAGAAGAGAAUCGUUUGGAAGUGGAACGAUUAACAGCCGAAAUACGUGCAUUAAAGUUACAACUAUUACAAAUUACAGGUGGUUGUGGAGUAGUUGUAUAUAUGUUACCUUUGUAUAAUAUAAAUAGUAUACCAAUAAAUAACAACAACAAUAAUAAUAAUAAUUCAACAAUAACAAAUAAUUUUAUAUUAAAUUCAACAUUAUUGAAUUCAAAUAACAAUAACGAAUGUAAUGCAUACUUAAAGAAACAAAUCCAAUCGGCUGAACUAUUACAUGGUAUGUCAUUAAAUAAUGAAUACGAACUGAUACCAUUUAAUCAUUUUACAUAUACACGUGUUUAUCCUAUUGAAUUGGGUUUAGGAAAACGUGUUGUUGAGAAACCAAUUGGUUAUAAACGAAAAGAUUUAUUACAAACAAUUUUAAAAAGUUUAGAUAUAUUAAAUAAAAAUUUAACACAACAAAUUGAUAAUAACAAUUCUACAAUAUUACAACAAAAAUAUACGUUGGAUGAUUUUUUAGAAGGAAUUUAUCGUAAUGAACCAAUAACGGGCACACAAUACGAAUUAUAUUUUAGGACUAAAACCAAUAACAAUAAUAAUAAUAAUAAUAAUAAUAAUAAAUUUAUGAAUAAUAACAAUGGAUACACAAAAAUUGUUUUAAUACGUCCAUUUGCCCCUUUACAAUUUGUCCAUAGUGAACAAAUUAAUUUAAAAUCUAGUGCAGUUAUAAAAAGUAAUAAAAAUAGUGGUCAUCAUAAAAAAGAAAUAAUUCAUAUAAUUUUACCAUUAAGUGGACGUUUAUCAACAUUUCAAUCAUUUAUGGAAAAAUUCAUGAAAAUCGGAUUAAAAAAUGAUCGUAAUGUAUAUUUAACAGUAGUUUAUUUUCAAGAUGAAGGUUUAUCGGAAGCGCGUGCAAUUAUGUCACGUAUAUUAAGUUUAAAAAAUAGUGGUGCUACAAAACGUAAUUUACGUUUGCUUGCAUUAAAUGAAACGUUUUCACGUAGUAAAGGAUUACGUGUUGGUGCUGAACGUGUUUGGGAUUUUAGUGGGGCUGGUGGUGGCGUGAAUAAUGAGGAUAUAAAUAAAGAUGCGUUGUUGUUUAUGUGUGAUGUUGAUAUUGUGUUUAGUGCACGGUUCUUGGAUCGAUGUCGAUGGAAUACGGAACCAGGAAGAAAAGUUUAUUAUCCUGUUGUGUUUAGUUUGUAUAAUCCAUAUGUAGUGUAUACGUUGCAGGGUAAAGAAGUACCACCGGAAACAGAUCAAUUGGUUAUAUCACGUGAUACUGGCUUUUGGAGAGAUUUUGGAUAUGGUAUGACGUGUCAAUAUAGAUCUGAUUUUUUGAAAAUUCGUGGUUUCGACGAGGACAUCGUAGGAUGGGGUGGUGAAGAUGUAAUGCUAUAUCGUAAAUAUGUACGAAGUAACAUGAAAGUGAUUCGUGCUACUGAUCCAGGCAUUUUUCAUAUAUGGCAUCCAAAGGUUUGUACCGGAACACAAGGCAACGGUGGUAGUGGAGGGCAACGAUUAUCAGCUGACCAAUAUCGCGCAUGUAUACGUUCUAGAGCAUUAAACGAAGCAUCGCAUGCUCAACUUGGUUUUCUAGCAUUCCGUGACGAUAUUGCAGCAGUAAAUAACAACAUUAAUAAUCAACAUCACAGUAGUGGUGUCAUCGGUGGUGGUGUCAACGGUGGUGUACCAUCAUCAUCCAGAUAUAAUAAUAAUAGUAAUGGUAGUCCCAAAUCACCUCCAUUAGUAUCCCCGGUACACCAUCAGCAACAGCAGCAACAAAUGGGACCACCACUGUCUCAUACUCAACAACAAGCAUCCCGUAUCCCUAGUGCAGGUGGUCAAGCAACAAAUCGUACAAAAAAAUCAAAAGUAUCACCUUGAUUGAUCGAUACAACGUCAUCGUCGUUACUUGUUUUAAAUAAAUUGGAAUUUUGAACAAAGAAGAAUGUGCUUAUCGUGGGUAAUUAUUAUUGUUUUGAAGUACAAGGUGUUCCAAUAAUGGUGUACCUGAAAUCAGAAUCGUUUUAAGUCCAUGGAUGGCAUGAUUUUACAUUUGAAUUGAUCGACUUGUGAUAGAUUGCAAAAGCUUUUUUAUAUUCAAUAACAUUACAGUCUUAACAAGCUAAUCUUAUUUAGAUUAGGUACAAAGCCGGCAACUUUUUUUAGGAAUUAGUCACAAAAAUUUAAAUUUCUGAAGAUCUAAGUGUUCGACAAGCGCUAGCAAAGACUCUUUUGAGAAGCCACAUAUUUUAAAUACGAGCCACCCGAUAAAAAUGAUUAACAUACCUACAUUUUGGUUAUACUAAUAAUAGUGUAAUCGUACUACUUUUUUAUACCAAAAAAAUUUGUUACAAGGUAAACUCAGCGGGAAAGAAUCGAAAAAGGGAUUUAAAAUGUUGGGUAAAAAAUCUAACAGCUGAAUGUUUGCCGGUGAAGAGGGGUGGGGGUUUAAAAGGAUGGCAAACGGUUUUUUGGGAUU